CGGUGGAUAUAGUAUAAGUGGCAGCAAGUGUGUCUGGCUGUGUUUACCUCUAGCUCACGUGGCGAACAGAAGUAGCUCUGAAGUUCUGGUUCCACCGUGCGGCUUGCAACGUCGGAAAGUUUAUAUUUCAAAGCUUUUGUGACUUGAACUUUGUUUGUGGAGUUCCAGCGAACGCUCACCGGGAACCUGAGAUACGGCUGCGGCGAACGGCAGUCGUCUCAAGUGAAAACCCUCCCAAAAACUGACUCUUUUUUAAACUCUACCCAUGUUCGAAGUGACUAACAAAUGGAGUCUGCAUUGUAAAACAAAGACUUGACACAGACUCCAUAGCACCUUACGAGCUUUAGUACAAAUUUCCAAUCCUUUCUCUCGAAAUGCAGUGCAAGGCUAUACAGAUGGCUUCCCCCAGCACCUGGUCGAGUCCCGCCUGGGCCCAGCCGUCGCAGCCUCCCGUCGGCAGCCUCCGCCUGUCGUGCGACCUCAAGGCGCUCCUGCCCGCCUCCGUCAUCGCCGGCAGCGCCUGGGCAGGGGACGCCGGCGAGCUGUGGAGAUACUACAGCGACGCCGACUUCGCCAGCGCCACCACCACCCGGUGCUGCAGCGACAGUGUGAGCAGCGACGAGGGCGGCAGCGGCUACGACCUGGCCCUCUCCGGCACGGGCUGCGACGACAACAACAAUGACACCAGCAGUGCCAACCUCAACGUGACCCCCGACGCGCCCUCCGCCGCCUUCCAGCCGCCAGAGGAGGGCAAGGGCGACGCCAACAACAACACCAUCGCCCUCGACGCCAACUGGACGGAAUGCAAACCCAAGAACUCGAGUCCGCGCCACAGACUGGUCGACGAGCAAGGCUUCAUCCGCCGCGCCGCCUGCCUCUGCGUCGACGAGACCGAGUCCAAGGUGUUGCUAGUGUCGAGCAAAAAGGACCUCUGCUCCUGGCUGGUUCCUGGAGGAGGCAUCGAAGAAGGGGAGGAGGCAGCAGAGGCGGCGGUCAGAGAGGCGUGGGAGGAGGCGGGUGUGCAGGGGCGUGUCACCAGAUAUUUGGGUGUUUUUGAGACGAAGCACCACAGCGGACACAAGAAGCACCGGACAGCCGUUUUCGUGGUGGCGGUGAAGCAAAUCCAUGCCCAGUAUCCUGAGGCUCAUUUGGGUCGAGCUCGCCAGUGGUUCAGUUUCGAAGAGGCUUUGAUUCAGCUCUCCCGCAACCGGCCCGUCCAGAGUGCUUAUCUCCAGCUCAUGUUAGCGUCACGCCUCAAGGUCCCACCUGCUUAGGAGAAACCCUACUUCGUGUCUAAGGAUUCGAGGAGAAAAAAAAAGACGUUUUCUGCGUCGAAAAAAAGAGAAGGAGGAGAAGGAGGGGGAGAAGGAGGAGAAGGAGAAGGGCGAUGUAGGAUUUUUUAAAAUUUCUUUUUCUUUUCCUUUCUUCUUUAUUUUUUUUUAAGAGAAAACUAUACGAAGUUGGGUCUUCUCUGAUGCAGCUUGGUGUAGGUGGAAAAAUAAGAUAAAAGGAAGGAAAAUGAAAAAAAAAAAACAAUGAACAGUUUAACAUGGACUCUUGUUAGGGAGAAGUGAGGAUUAUAUUAAGUGGACCAAAGAGUGCGAGGAAAAGAGAAGAAAGAGAAGAGGAAGAGAAGGAGGAGGAAGAGGAGGAGGCAGAGAAGGAGAAGGAAAAAGAGGAGGAGAAGGAGGAGGAAGAGAAGGUGGUGAAUGAAUGAGGAGGAGGAAGAAGGUGGAAAAGGGAGCAGAAAGAUGGAGUAGGAGAAGAACGAUAAGAGAAAGACGAAAGAGAGAGGAGAGAAGAGGAGGAGCAGGAGGGUGAAGGAAGAUACGGUCUCAGGUCUCGGUUAUCUGUCGUAUCUCACGCCUAGAUCUUCAAGGAAUUCCAUUGCCAACGACACAUUUUUAUUUUAUUUUUUAAUAUAUUCACUUUUGAAACAAUUCAGGACUCUUAAACUGGACUGGCUUUUGUGCACAGUGGUGGGACGGGACCAAGUGGUCAAGGACUUCUUAGAACUUAAAAACAAGUAAAAAAUAUUCUACCAAAGGAAACGAACAGAACUCUAUUGUUCGUGUCCAAUGCCAUGUUUACUUGAAGCUCAAUUAAUCUUAAUAAACAAAAGACGAACAGUUGGUUUGUGCAGUUUCAGUACUCAAGAGAAGUGAAACAGAACAAGAAAAGUGUUGUUGGUUGUAAAAAAAAUAAAUAUUUUUUAGAGAUUCAUAGCAGAGGAAAAUUGUAAAUAUAUAUCCUAGUUUACAGUGGCUGUGUACCACUUAACGUCUGUGAUGAGAAGAAAAAGUGCCAAGAAAGUGUCUCAGAAGAAUUACUUAAUUCUUUCUUAGAGCAAUCAGCUGAGGUGUUUUACGUUAUAGAAUGAUUUUCAGAAUGGCUGUCUUGUAUAUGUACUAUUGAUAAUCAUGUUUGUGAAUCACCCUUGUUAACAACUGUUUUUUAUCUAUUUAUUUUUCUUCUCUGUAAUGAGGUGGUAUAUCCCAAGACAGUGGUAUUUAUUGUUAUUGUUGAGAGUUAUUAGGGAAAUAUGAGCUCAGACCAUGGAUUGUGAGUGCCAAAGGACCGCCUAAAAAUAAUUAAAAUAAAAUUGUCAGCCAAAAAUCACCUGCAUUAAAGACUGUUCGAUAAAUAAUCCAAUUCGCAAAUUACGAGAAUAUGGUUACGGUUAUGAUCAUAGUCAUGUAAUAGACUAACAGCACAAAAAUAACGCGAAAUGAAAUAAAAAAACAAAAACAAAAUAAUGAUACAGCAUACACAAAUAAAAAUAUAUGAUAUGUUCCAUAAUGGUUACCUAUAAUCACCCUAAAAUUAUUGUUCCAUAACAUUAAUCCAAACUUAGCAGAAAGUAGUAUUACAUAUGUGAUCAUAUACGCGUACUAUACUAAUACUAAAAAAACAAUAUGAAACAAAAACAAAAAAUCAACAUAAAUAGAAAAAGUAAAUUCUGCAACCUUGUUACCAAUUAUUAUUAUUAUUUUUAUAGAUCUAACCCCCAAAAUCACCUGCAUUAAAGCUUGUCCAAUAACCACAACAAGAAAUAAAAAUACGGAUAAAAAUGAAGAAAUCCCCCCCCCAAAAAAAAAAAAAAAAAAAAAAAAAACAC